AUGGCAAUGGGUCAAUUCAGAUCUCGUGUUGUUGCCCUCUGGCUCUUAUUCUUAGCGGCUUGGCAUUCGCUUGACGUUGCAAAUCCUGGCAGGUGGAGAAUCAGUGAAUUGCAGAGAGAUUUGCGAGCCCUGGUUGCAACGACGACGGAGACGCAGAAUCAAGCUUUUCUUCAGGCUCACUUGACUGAGGAUAAUCCAGUGCACUGCUACAAUGAAACAUAUUGUUGUGGAAUAUGGAAUGUGAGCGGAUCAGACCAUUGGUGGACACACAACCCAGAUUGGGAAGUCUCGUUUGAGGAUGAAACAUCAUUCUGCUUCGCUCCCAUGCAAAACGAAACAAAGAGAGCCUUCCUGAAAGACCUCCACUGGUUGCAGUGGCAGGUUGGCAUUGGCUCAAUCAGGGAUACUCAGGCUCUAGAGGCACUUUUGCCAAGGGAUUUCAACUUCACUGUCAAUUGCUCUGACAUGAGAUCCAGUGUAAGCAUUGGAUCCGGUUAUGGGGCUGCCAUUCAAUGGCUCCUUUCAUCGUUUUGGGAGGCAUGGUCAAGCCAAAAGCCAUUCCAGACUAUAGACAAGUGGCUUUGGAUGUAUACGGUUUCAGGUGAAAAAAACACGUGGGCCAAUUGUACAGAGCAGGAUCAAUCAUGUUUCUAUCUUCCGAUCUCCCCCUGUUCGCGUGAAUUCAAAGAUCAACCCCGAUUUCAACGGCGCCCAGACAAGAGAGACCAAAAACAAGUUAUCCAAUGGCUGUGGCUAAAGGAGUACUUCCUUAGACCACAGCAGUUUUUGCGGCAGCAGCUGUACAAGCUAAGACAACCAUUCGAAGAGCAACUGAGUAAUGGAUGUGUCGCUAUGCAUAUUCGAAGAGGUGACUCCGGCACAUUGAAACCGCCAUAUCGGCGGUAUGCGGCAGUGCAAGAAUAUUUGGACCUUCUACCCGAUCUUCAAUCAAAUACGACUAUCUUUCUUUUAACUGAUGAUGCCAGCACAAUUGAAGAGGUUCAACGGCAUCAUAUAUCCAAACAUCGUUGGGUUUACACGGACAAAGCUCGAGUUCGUGGAGUUGAAAAUGGAUUCGAUGGCCACGUGCCACCAUCCAGCAGUGGACCUGAUGAGCUUGCCAUCAUUACAGCCGAGCAAGAGCUGGCGUCUAAGCACUGCGACUCAUUCGUUUUCGGUAGGAGUGGAUAUGCCUACACACUUCUAGAGCAGAUGCGAUCAACAGGUCGCCAAAUCAAUACAUACUACCUGGAAACCAGGGUAGAUAGCAGUGAAGUGCAAUUCAUUCACAACCAGGAUAAGCGCGUGGCCAACCUCAUGCAAAUGGUGGCAAAUCAGUACGAGCCUGCUACUGCUGCCCCCGCUGGUGGCUUGUCUCGACAAAGGGAUUCCUCCACAGAACCUCCCGAGUCAUCAGUAGCUGCGUCUGAGGCACAGAAAGACAAUGAUGGGGAGGCGAAAUCCCCCGAAACUCGAGUAACGACCGAAGCAGGCGUUGCUGCUCAGGCAAUGGCUGGAUGCAUGUUCUUUGGUUGCGAGCAACAAUAG